AUGUCUGAACUAUAUAUUGAUCCAUUGCCAUCGAGUGAUGUUUCUACUCCUGUUGAUAAUGCUGCAGAGGAUAAUGUUGACGCAUCUGGUAAGAAUUCUCUUAAUCAAAACCUUGAUGUUCCAAAUCCUGCUGAAACCCUAGGCUUAAAGGACCCUGCUGUGUCUGGAAAUUUGGGGAAAAAUGUUCCUAACUCCGCUAUUGCUGUUGAUGCUAAUAUUGAGACUCCUGCUGAUAAGGUUGUUAAUGAAAAUCCUGAAGUUAUAAUUGUCAAUAAAACUACAGUUAGUGAUAAGGCUGGAAAAAGUACUGGUAGAAAGCCCCUAUAUGGACCUCCAAAACCUGUGAGUAAGGUGGUUCCUAGAUCUGAGGAAAAGGAAAAAGCUAGGAAAAGGAAAGCUCCACCAACCAGUGACUCUGACUUUGAGCCAGAGACAGAUGUGGCUGCAUCUGGCAGCACAUCUAGAAAGAGUAUAGGAAGAAAGAAAGUUUCUCAAUCUGUUCCCUAUGCUCCCUUGGAUAAUGUAUCAUUCCAUCUGGAGAAUGGGUCUGCUAGAUGGAAAUUUGUAUAUCACAGGAGGUUGGCACUAGAGAGGAACCUGAAGGAAGACAUCCUCCAAUGCCAAAGUGUUGUUGAAGCUAUUGAGUAUGCAGGUUUAAUGAAGACUGUCUGUGGUUUGGACAAGCAAGUUUUUGUUCGUGGGAAAUGUGUCAAAUUCUCACCAACUGUGAUCAACCAACAUUUGCUAAGGAGUUCUGAUGAGGUGGCUGCCUUAAAAGUCACAGACAAUGAGGUCUGCAAGGUCCUCACAGGUGGCAGAAUAAAGGUAUGGCCUACCAAGGCAAAAUUGGCUGCAACUUCUCUCUCUCCAUUCUAUGUUGUGUUAAAUAGGAUUGCUGCACACAAUUGGGUGCCAACAACCCACUCAGGUGAUGUGGCCAGAGGAUUGGGAAAGUUCAUUUAUGAUGUGGGUACAAAGGCAAAAUUUGAUUAUGGGUCCUAUUUCUUUCAAGAAACCUUAAGUCAUGCCCUGACCUAUGCUGUUGAGAAACCAGUAGCCCUUCCCACUCUGUUAUGUGUUGGCACAUCUGUCCAAGCUGGUGUACUUUCAAGAAAGCAGAUGAUUGCAGAUCUAACUGAGACUAGCAGAGCUCUUGAGGCUGAGGAAGCUGCUGAGAAUUCUGAGGGUGAGCCUGAUGGACAAGAAGGUGAGGAAACUAGUGGCUCUGAUGAUGACACUGAGGAUUUGGAGGAGGACUCUGAUGAAAGUUCUUCUAUAUGA